CGCACGCCUGCUAAGGUUAUUCUGCUCCCGAACAUCAUACAUUUCCUGCCCUUCCAGUCUCCAUAUCCUUCUCCUCCUCCUUAACAAUCCACUACUCUCACUCCAUCCACCAUUCGACUCUUGACCUCGCAAUUCUGUCCUGUUGGUAGCAACAACUCCCCCGACCCCGCCCCCAACGACGCACUACACGAGUUGCCCCCCAACGGUCGUUCCUCAGCUGCAGCCGACUUUCGCACCUCAACGCAUCUCUACCUCGACCUCUCCGCUUGCGCCGAGUCCUCUUCUACUCGCUUCUGCCCUCGAUAAUCCGUCAACUCGGCUCCUCUGGACCUUUUGCGAACUUGACAGCGGCCUCCUCGUCCAACGAUGGGCCGCGCAUAGUCUGGGCAACACAGCCUGAUUUUCCGCACGCGACGACGCUUGUACGACUUUUUUUUCUCCUUCACACGGUACAUUGGGCUGGCUUUAGAUAUUUGGGUGGGCACAUAAAUCGAAGAACGGGAAUCUUGACACAAUAGAAGGGUUUAUGGUUUUCUAACGGCAAUCGCGCUCUUUUCAGGUCAGUCGCGGAAAUCUGCUGCCGAGGCGAACGUUGGUCUGGGCCUCGCGGGGGAGGCAUGGAUGUCUCCCAAAAUCAAAUGCUAAUUGAAGAGUGAAAGACAGAUACCAAUUUCUGUUUUAGUACUCCAACAUCAUCUCUUUCCAUCAUAGUAAUUCCGCACGGGUGAGUGAGCUUGUUUUGUAUGAGAUACGAAUCCCUGCAUCCAGAUGCUAGUCGCAGUGGAGCCACAAAGAAGUCUGGCCCAGAGUCUAGAGCAGCCCUCUUUGACUGGUGUUAUAAUGAUGCCCAAUUAUAUACGCUAUAUACGCUUUGUUGUUGCCCUCCACCUUUUCCGAGGGGUUGGGACCUCGAAAAAGGUGCACCGAGAAAAGAUUCCCGACAACAGCUGCAAAAGUGAAGCAGUGGUGCCGUCGGUCGGUCACAAUAGGCACAAUUGCGCUGUAUCCUAUCAUUCACCCUUGGCGAGCACUUUGCCACGAUCACGAUAUUGACCGGCUCACAAUACCAAGCGAGCCAAUUCUCUCGCAAGCGAGGUUGGCGAUUUACCACAGAGCUGACUCUAUGUUCAUUCACCAGAAAAUCCAUAAACGCACCGUAAUUAGAAAUCCCUCCCGUCUAUUUCUUGCCGUUCCCACUUACCAGCCCUUCUCAACAUCUACUGCCGUUUGGAUCUACAACAGCACAAUUUGGACUACCCAUUUUGUCUCUUGGCUUUCCCGGUACGCUCAUCACGAUUCUCAUCGUACUACAACCAACCACUUCUCCAACCUCCCACCAACCGACCGCUAGAUCGGUCUCUAUUCAACUAGAGACACUUUCCUAUCCUUACUCUACGGUUCUUCAGUCAUUGGCUUGGAUCGAUCUGUAAAACAGGUAUGUCGGGCGGCUCAAUCCGGCUCCUACUCCUCCUUACUUUCACUCUCACCUUCCAAUUCACGCACCCAUCAAGGUUCUUGCGCCUGCAGUUUCAAGGAAUCAGUCGAUUCGACUUGCUCCGAUUACCCCGCAUCUGACCAUUUGAGUUAUCUACAACCAAGUUUGACUUGGGAUAUAUUCACACACAACCUGUGCCAUCAUCUCCCCCGAUCUUCCUUACAACCACCUACUCGUCAGGUCUAUCAUCGAAGCUAAUAGAACUCACAGCAUCACAUACAACAGAACUAGAAAUCAGAAUAGUCACCUUACUUCUUCCCUAUUCACACACACAAUCCGUUCUUUCUACGACAACACCAUGAGUUCCGGUGGCUCUAAAUUGAGCUCCGGUCCUGCCAAGCCUGCACAGUCUGGAGCCUCAUCUAUGACCUCGAGCAACCCUUCGAUCCUUCUUGAUAAGUUCAACGGUCGUCGCUCAACUCCAGACUCAGAAGCCUUGGCAAGCUCUGAUGAUGAAGGCGAUCGACAUGAUCAGGCUCAAGCAACAGUCCCUCCUCAUAAGCCAACACGACGCGCUUCCUGGCUCAAUGAUACCAGUCAAAGUGCUGCCCAACCUCGGAAGGGAUCAUUUGCGAGUAGCUCAAUGUCACCCACAACCUCACACCCUACAACUCCUUCAGCUGACUCCAACAAUACCUGGAACGCUCAUCCUCAAGCCAAUGCAAACGUAGGCCGAGGCCAUCCAACUUCUAGUGCGUUUCCUUGGGGUAGUGGUAUUUGGACCAACGAAUCUCGAAAGGAGCCUCCUUCUAGAUUGACUGAAGUUCUUCCAUCACCCACUUCUAUGUAUCCACCAGGAUCGGCUGGCAAUGGUUUCUUUGGUAAUGAUAGUAUGAUGAAUAACCAACGGGACGCACAAACAAACCAACCCAUUCCGUUCGCGAUACCUCUUCAUCCAACACCCAAAACAUACCGCUCCCAAUCUUAUUCAGUUGGUCAGCUUGAUCCCGAGUCGCCCGCGUCUGCUGUCCCAACCACUACUGCGCCGACCGCAGGUGGUCGAGGACGUACAUUGCCACACUCCGGUCUCCAACAUCGACCAUCGAGACCAAGUAUGCUGAGUGAGAUGUCGAAUGAAGGUGGUCUGGGAAAAUUGAAGGAAGUUGACGAUGACGAUGACGAAAGUACUAAUGGAUCAAACCACGGUGCUACCUUGCAGUCAAAUGAAGCCAAGACCAUUGAAAUGCUGGCCAGAGAGAACGCAAUGCUUCGGCAGCAGCAACAAUACCACAGUUCACGUGUUCGACCUCGUUCUUCGACAGGCAACCCUUUUGGUCUGGUGCCAGAGGAUUCGGAUUACGCAAUUGAUGAGCUCGAGGAGAUCAACGAACUCCAGGAGAUGGCUUCAAAAGGACUGCCUGCUCGCAGAAUGAGUGAGUACGGAGCCACUGGCCAACCACGAGUUCCUUCCUACAUGUCUUUGGAAAAUCGGAAGCUAGAGAACGUUAAGAAGGCUUAUUGGCAAAGCUCACUUGGAUUCGGCGGACUGGGUGAUAUUUCACAGAGUCGACGCCAUUCCUUCGCCGACAUUCCCACUCGACAGGGCUCAAUUAGUUCAGCCGUGGAUCCUAUGUCUGCGCAUGAAAACAACUCGCAGGAUAGCAUGACGGUGAAAGAUUAUUCUGGCAGAUACCAGGAGGGAUCUGGUUACUCUCUGAAUGAUCAUGGUGAGCAAACCUUUGAUACUUCUCGUCGAGCAUCUCUUUAUGGGCAAAAAUUGGGCCAGAUCGUGGAAGAAUCAUCGUUGAAGGCAAACUAUUUACAUGAUCAACCAACAGCUGUAUCCUAUUUCGGUGGACUUGCCACUGUACCUCGUAACGCCGAUCAAUAUGGUUCCAAUAAUUACCAGCCACUAGCCUAUCCUUAUGGAGCGCCCGGUCAGUUUGGGGUUGGGCGAGCUCCUUCACCACACCGAAGCAUGUAUGGUGUUCCACAGCCUCGCAACAAUCAGCUGUUAUACAUCGUUCUUUUCAAAUGUUCUCGGGCCGACGUAUUCUAUGUCCAGGAAGGAACUGGUUUGUCUGUCAAGCCAGGAGACUUGGUCAUUGUUGAGGCUGAUCGUGGAACUGACCUUGGCACGGUCGCUCGUGAUAAUGUUGACUGGGCCGAAGCCCAGGAAGUGAAGGAGCACUAUGCUGAGGAACAUUAUAAAUGGUUGAUGAUGUAUUCUCAGGGUGCCGCGGGUACUGCGGACGGCACUGGUGCUGGUCUCAUGGCCGCCUCUAAUGGUCUUCAAGGAAGCGCUAUCGGUGGAAUGGGACCCCCAACUCAACAUGGCAUGCAAGAAGCGAAUCCUGGUGAGAUGAAGCCUAAGAUCAUCAAGCGACUUGCUCAGAAUCACGAAAUCCAAGCACUCCGCGACAAAGAAGGCAAUGAGGCAAAGGCCAAGCGUGUCUGCAUGCAAAAGGUCAAGGAGCACGGUCUUCAUAUGGAGAUUCUGGAUGCUGAAUUUCAAAUGUGAGUGCUUCUAAUGAAUUCUCUUGUUUACGCAGUCCACUAACUCUUCAACCAGGGAUUGGAAGAAAUUGACCUUCUACUAUUUUGCUGAUGCAUACAUCAACUUUAACUCACUCGUCACGGAUCUUUUCAAGGUCUACAAGACUAGAAUCUGGAUGUCUGCUAUCAACCCUGCCUCCUUCGCUAGCCCUUCCCUUGGUCUUCAAGCACCAAGCGGUAUUGGACCCGGAGCUGUUGGUGUCGCUCGUAACACCCAAUCUGAGCGUCGUGCCCCUCAGCCUGAGCCAAUUCCUUUUGCGAAUGUACCAGCCAAUCGUAACUAUGCAGGUGCAUUCCCGCAAGCAUUUAGCACUCCCGGAAUCGAUCGUGGAUCACUGCCACAGACCGCAUUCCAACCUACGGGUUAUGCGUAUGGAUAUUCUCCAUUUGGUGUCGCUCCGCGCAGCAAUGCUCUUUCUCCAAAUGGUUACGGUCCAAUGGACACGUUCCAAUCGUUUGGUGGAACUGACUAUCCAGCAAGAUUUCCCUCUCCUCACGGAGCUACGCCACAUGACGGAGACUAUGCUCGUUCGCAUAUGGCAGCACCUGGUGAAGCCUGGAUUAACAACUUCCAAGGCCUUUCUAUGAAUAGUCGCUAGAUGUACAUUGAAAGCCAGGCACUGACGUUAAGCAAUUCCUAUGGGCAUCGGCUAUUUCUAAUAUGGUUUGCCAAAAAUCAUACUUGAGAAAUCCGAUGUUGAACAUGGACUGCCUCAUUGCAUCUUUCCUCCGUCUCAAUUUCACCCGGAUAGGCUCGUCCGGAUCAGCUCGUUGUUUCUACCGCAGUUACAUUCGAUGGAGAGUACACUGGGUGUACUCUCUCAUCACGAAUUUAGAUGGCCCAACUGUCUCCACAAGAGAAGAAGCUGGGAAUUUGUUAUUUACUAAAAAAUCUGGGGCCCUUUUUACCACAAAAAUUCUUUUCUUUCUGUUGUCUUUAUUAGGGGUCAGGGCAUGGGUUAGGAAUAGGGGUGUUCUUUCUGCUUACUUUACUUCGUCGUUCUCCGCGCAACCAAAGACAAAUCACUGGCGUUAUUUCUCUCUUUUCACUCUUUUUUCAUGAACGACGAAACAAACUUUGAUGAGGCCAAAAAAGGGAAAAUUCACACACACAUCUGAGAAAGCGAGUCCCUUGCGAUAGAUAGAUUUGCACAUAAUCUUUCGGGCUUGGGGUGAAGGGCAACAUCUUUUUUUUCCUCCGGUUCAAAAAAGAGAAAGGUCUCAGGAGGAGAAGGGCGCUGUUUCUUGAUAUUCAAUUGCCCUUUUUCAUUUCCUCUUUCUCUUGUUUCACAACGGACUCAGGGGAGAUAUACGUGGAUGCUUGCUCUUGAACCAAUCCACCUUUGUAGAGAAGAGGAGAUGGGGGACAUUUGAGGGAAGGUCAAUUUGCCCGAAUAUGGAGAUGGUAACUAGGGUAAUGAGAAUAAGAUGAUACAGCA